AUGUCAAAUCUAAAUCAACUUAUAAAUAAAGAGGAUGAUUAUAGUUACGUCUAUAACCCAGCAACCAAUGGUUCUACCACGACCGUUACCAACAAUACUACUGAAGUCCCCGAAGAAACUUCGUCUUCUAAUGGACUUGAAUUAACUCAAGAUAACAUACUAACAAGUUUUGAAAAGAUAAAGACUCAUUUCCCUGCUGCUAGAAUUAAAAAAAUCAUGCAAAGUGAUGAUGAAAUUGGGAAAGUAGCUCAAGCCACUCCUAUUAUAGUUGGAAGAGCUUUGGAAAUCUUUAUGGCCAAUUUAGUUGAAGUUUCCAUCAUUGAAGCUAAAAAACAAGGGGUUAAACGAAUUACGGCAUCUCAUAUUAGAGCUGCUAUUGAAAAUACAGAACAAUUUGAUUUCUUAGUUGAAGCAGUUGAAAAAUAUCCUCCUUUAAAAAAUUAA